GACGUUAAGUCCCCCUGCAGACCCCGGAAGUGCAACUCCAACUUGGUGGGGGCGCGGAUCCCGAGAGGGAAAGUCGGAGCGGAGACGAGAGAGAGAGUUCGCCCUGCGAGCUGGUAGGCCACGCCUCCUCCUGUCUAGACCCGUAGCCGAGCCGCCGCGGACGGAGCUCAGAUUUACUGUCUAGGAUCGAUUUGGAUGAACUCAUGAAAAAGGACGAACCACCUCUCGAUUUUCCUGAUACGCUGGAAGGAUUUGAAUAUGCUUUUAAUGAAAAGGGGCAGUUGAGACACAUAAAAACCGGAGAACCGUUUGUUUUUAACUACCGAGAAGACUUACACAGGUGGAACCAGAAAAGAUACGAAGCUCUGGGUGAGAUCAUCACAAAAUAUGUUUAUGAUCUCCUGGAAGAAGACUGUAAUUUGAAAAAAAUCUCUAUUCCAGUAGAUGCAACUGAAAGUGAACCAAAGAGUUUUAUCUUUAUGAGUGAGGAUGCUUUGACAAAUCCACAGAAACUGAUGGUUUUAAUUCAUGGUAGUGGUGUUGUCAGGGCAGGUCAGUGGGCUAGAAGGCUUAUUGUUAAUGAAGAUCUGGACAGUGGCACACAGAUCCCUUUUAUUAAGCGAGCUAUGGAUGAAGGGUAUGGAGUCAUAGUCCUGAACCCAAAUGAAAACUAUAUUGAAGUGGAAAAGAAAAAAAUGCAUAAACAGUCCUCUUCUGAUGGCAAAGAUGAGCCAGCAGAGAAGCGGGAAAGGAAAGAGAGGGUCUCCAGAGAAGCAAAGAGGCGCCGUGAUUUUUAUGAGAAGUACCGUAACCCCCAAAAAGAGAAAGAAAUGAUGCAGUUGUUUAUCAGGGAAAAUGGUUCUCCUGAAGAACACACAAUCUAUGUUUGGGACCAUUUCAUAGCCCAGUCUGCUGCUGAGAAUGUGUUUUUUGUUGCUCAUAGCUAUGGAGGACUUGCUUUUGUUGAACUGAUGAUCCAGCGAGAAGCAGAGGUAAAAAGUAAGGUGACUGCUGUGGCGUUGACAGAUUCCGUUCACAACGUGUGGCAUCAAGAAGCUGGCAAAACUAUCCGCGAAUGGAUGAGAGAGAAUUGUUGCAACUGGGUCUCCAGCUCAGAGCCAUUAGACACAUCCGUGGAGUCCAUGCUGCCUGACUGUCCCCGAGUGUCUGCAGGCACCGACCGGCACGAGCUAACUUCCUGGAAGAGCUUCCCGUCCAUCUUCAAGUUCUUCGCCGAAGCCUCGGAGGCCAAGAGCAGCUCGCAGAAGCCGGCGCUGACUCGGCGCUCGCACCGGAUCAAGCACGAGGAGCUGUGAGCGCGCCGCCUGCCCGACGCGCCCGCACGCCGCCCGCAGCCUCCUGGCCUCAUCAGAUAGCUUUCUUCCUCCAGCACCGGGUCGCGACGUGGUCUUCUAAAUAGCGUUUUGCAUUAUUUCUAGAUGAGUGCAACUGUCAAAGCAAUAUGGAUUCAGCGGCCGCGUUUCCCGCGGGCUGCACCCGGCUGCGCGCUGCGGGCCGCGGCCGAGCGAGGCCGCCUGCCCCCGGUGCGCCGCGCCCCCGCCGCUGUGGUCGCGGGGCUGGUCCGCGGGCGCUGCUGCCGAGCGGCGUCUGCGCGGUCCUACCGCCCGCUGCCGCGCGGCGCGGCUGCCCAGCCGCAGUCGUGCCCGUUUCGAUUCCCCUUUAAAUCCAGCAAGCUUUUAUUCUAGACCUCAAACUUUGAUUUUUAACUAGGGUUUUCCCUCCCAUCUUAUGAGCCCCUCUCUUUUAUAGAAGGCCACACUCCCAAGUCUUAGAAAUGCCAACUUUAAAUUCCGAACAUAAUGUACUAUGUAGUUUGGGGAAUACAAAUUGUUCUCUCCCUAUAACGAUUUAUUUUCAUUUCAAGACCAGAAGAAAAACUUUACAAAAAAAAAAUCGUAAAAUACAGAAUCCAAACCCUCUUUUCUGGACAUUCGUGCCAGGAUGAAUGCGAUUCUUUAUAUCUCUGUUUCCAGGAGAGAAUAUUCAAAACAUAACCAAAUCUUUCAGAUGUACCUGUAAGGCCUCAUAAUCCGUGAAAUUUCCAAGUUACUUACAAGAACUUAUAUGUGGCAUUGUAAUUUAGAUGAUACACUUAAGGGUGGCUUUUUAUGUACCCCAGGGCAGAACGGGGCGGUAGCUGUUAACCCUUGCUGAGUCUGCUUUCACCAGUCUUAGAGUAAACCCUUUCAGAUUGCAGGAUGUUUACUGUCCUCAAGAAAAUGAAACUGCUUUCUGAAAGGCUAAGGAGGAUUGAAAUGCUUAAGUUUCAUCUACUGAAAAGAGAAGUACAGUAUAAAUUAAUUUCUCCUUUAGGUCAAAAAUGUCUACUGUUUGACUUCCUGUGAUAGGGUUUCGCCCUGAUAUGCAACAGUAGGUCCUUUAACCCAACUAGGAUCUGUGAAGUACCGAAGAUAAAAUAAGUUAACCAUUUACUCGUUUUGAAGUUAAUUAAUGAAGGUUACAUCCAGUUGGUGAGAUCAUGAAUUUAGUAUUUCCGUCCUUUUUUUUAAAGCGAAUUCAACAAGUAAUAUGUGUGCCUUACUGGAGAGCAUGAGAAAGUGUAUCUAAAGUGACCCUGGGGUACCACUGAAUGCCCUGGAGGAAUGACCUGAGCUCAGCCACCCUAUGGAGAGGUGUUUUCAUGUCAUGAACUGAUUUGAGCAUGAACAUGCUACUUUGGCAUGUUCAAGGGUUCUGUAGGUUCAGUGACAGUGAAGUCCAGUGUUCAGUGCCCCUGUCUGAGCAGCUUCUGAUACUACUUAAGCAGAAACAGCUGAAGAGGGAAAAUUAAAAUGACAUUUUAUGCAACUCCUAGGUUGUUUAAAAUGUUACUCCAACAAUGGCAAGCACAUUGCUCUGCUGUAGUGGCCCUUUACAUUUCUGAGUUUAAAAGAAUUGGUGAGCUCUAAAAAUAAUGGAUAUCUUCCCAGUGACCCAGUUUGAACAAUUGGUGUAGGUGGAAAAUAUCUUACCAAAUGUUAUAAAUUGUCUGGUGUUUUCAGUAUAUGAAAAUGUUCACAAGAUAAUAAUUUUGCCAUAUUAAAAAAAAAAGAGCUACUUAUUCAGGGCUAGAUUUGCGAAGCUUCUGAAGCUGACUACAGCAAAGUAAACGUGUCAGGCUAUGAGUGGAACUCCUACCCUCCCUCAAGGCCCCUCUCUGCUCUUCUUAAAUGGUGUGCAGAGAAAGUCACCGUUUCAUUGUGAUGAGGAUUUCACAAUCGCGGAUUGUAACCUUGUUAUCUGUCUGCUGAAGUGCUACAAAGUUGUAUAAAUGUCUGUUACUACUUGUGGAUCUGCACUGUAGUAACCCAGAGGGAGCCAGGCAAAGCACUCCAGAUCGCCAGCUGAUAGUGACAAGUGAUUGCUUACAAAGUAGGACUUCUUAGCCUGUUGCUCAGGAUUCUGUUGGUAUAUAUGUAGUGAGGUCUUCCCCUCAGCUUUCUUGGGAUAACAGCAAGCACUUGGCUGCACCCCUGUGGGGAGUGGCCACUGUUAUUAUUUCUGUUCUGGUCUCCCUGUUUAUAUUUUCUUAAAAAGAUUUUAGGCACACGGGUAUAAAGGUAGGCUGUGGAUUUGUUUUUUGUUUUUUUUUUAAUCUUAUACUUAGUUCUUAGAGUAAAUAGAUUGAGAAAGGCAUAAAUUGGAGAUUCAGAAUAGUCUGAUUCAAGCUUCAGUGCCAGGCAGUUGCUCUAGAGCUUUCUUAGGUACCUAACAUGCAGUCAUCCUGGGUAUUUGGAAGACCAUCGACUUGUAAUCACUGUUCUUUCCUCAGAUCUCUGCCUUGUGCUUCCUGGGAUGCAUUUUCAUUUUGUUUAUAUGUCAAGAAAUAAUAAAACGCAAGAAUUUCCUCUAGUCUCCUUCUGUUUACCAUUUUAAAAUAAAAAAGUUUUACAACAA